AUGGCACUUCGGCCUAUUGAUUGGACUGCCUGGAAGGGUGCGGCGAAGCUGUGGCUCACCACCCAUCCGGGGUUCAAUCAUAGGGAGGUCAUGCGCGAGCAGCGGCUGGAGACCUUCGAGCUGCGCGCGGCCUUCGCGGUGGCGACUGCGGCUGCCCAUCGCGAGGACAGAGGCCUGGGAGCCCUGCCUUGCGACAGGUGCGGCGUGUGGACGCACUGCUGGUGCGAAGCUUGCCAGCGGCCUGCGACGGCUAUCUGCACUGUGUGCGAUGCCGCGGAGGCGAUCUGCCACGCCUGUGAGCGUGCCGGAAAGUCCUGGCGCAGUGCCCGAGCGGCGUACGAAGCGGCGACGCCGCAGGCAGAGGAGAUCGUCGAGAUCUCCGGGUUCCAUGAUGCAGAGGGAGUCUUCCAGACCAUUGACCCCCCGCUCCGGAUUCCCCUCCGGGAGGUCCUCUCGGCCGAUGGCGAGCCGGACGCGGCCGCCAUCACCCGCCAGGUGACGGCCGGUAUGGCGCCUGAGGUGGUGGACAUCCUGCUGGAUCUCCCCCUCCCCCUCCUUGCACGCCUGGGCGCUGAAGGAGUGGAGACGGCGGCAGACGUCGUAGGUUUGUACCCCAAUGUGGACCUGUUCAUGGAUGCCUUGCAUGCCGUGAUGGGGACACGUGUGGAUGCCGACCUUAGGAUGGAUGUGGCGUGCAUUUAUGCUCGGGUUCAUGGGCUAGCCCGUAAGACAAAGAAGCACGCAGUUGAGCUCGUAGUCGCCGAGCGGCAGUCUGUGUACCCCUCGGGUGCUGCUGAGCGCUGUGGAAGCCGUGAAGCGGCCGCUAGCAGCCGCGGAAUGAAGCCCCUGGUGGGCCUUGGGACAGGCUCGGCCGGAUCCACUGUGGUGUCUGGGCCUGGUCCUGCACCGGCCAGCACCAAAGCGGAUGUAGCCAAGCAGACUAAGUUGGACCUCCUUUUCCACCUGCUGGUCGACUACGUUUUGGACUUGCAGGAGCUGGGCAUCGACACUGCCCUCCUGGCUGACCCGCUGGGUCGCACAAAGGUCCGUGAGACUGUGCUCCACGGGGCCCAGAGAUUGUCGACCCAGAGGCUUGGCGCUUUGAUCAGCAGCUUCAAGAGGUGGGUGAAGUUUUGUGAGGAGAGGCAGUGGGCGCCUAACGCCCCGAAGCCGUUCCAGUUGGCCACUUACCUGCACUGUGUCAGUCAGGGGGGGCCCACAGCGGCAUCGUCGAUGCAUGCAGCUUUGAAGUGGUUUGCAGACCAGGCUGGUGCGGCACUGGACCUGUCGCACCCCAUGGUGGCCCCUUACCGCUUCCACGCUGUGACCCACACAGCGCGGCAGGCCCCGGAGCUUCAGCCAUGGGAGCUGAUCGACUUGGUUUGCCUCUUCGGCCGUGCCAAGGGCAACCACAAGCUCCUGUUGGCCUGGGUGGUGAUGGCGGCGAUCUCUUGCGUUCGCUGGGAACACCUGCAGCGCUCGAGUUUCGUGGCUGGCCACACCAAGUGGAUUGAAUUCCACUGCCAGCAAGGCAAAGCUCGGAAGAAGGGAGCCAGGCCAGCGUAUGGAUGGGCUCUACCAGAAUGGUGCUGGGAAGGCCAUGGUGUUGGCCGCAUCCUCGAGGAUUUUUACCGGCAUGAAGUGCUGGCCACGGCGGGUUUCCUGGUACCAGCAUUGCAGCUGGCUGCGGACAACCUCUGGGAAGUCACAGAGACUACCCCGCUGGUCCUUGGAAAGCCGAUGUCCAGGGGACGCUUCCUGGAAAUCUUCCGGGGUGCCCUCAUGCAGUGUGGUUUGGAUACCCACUCAGCGAAAGGGGCGACCUUUAACCGGCUGAGGCGCUUCCUGCCCACGCUGGGUAAUGUGCUGGAGAUUUCCGAUGUGGAUGCGCAAGCGGUGGGUAACUGGAUUGAGGUCCCACAGGGGGGUGGCCUCACUGCACCGAGACCCAAGGCUGCCAUGACGAUGGGCCGCCACUACGGGGGCCAUAAGGUGCUGCGCUCGGCGGUGGUCAAGGUGCGCCUCAUGGAGCGCUUCCUGGAGCUGUGGAAGUUGCAACGGCAGCAUGUGUCCCUCAAUGCCGAGGGCCUGCUGCCUGUUGACUCCUGGCGUUGGCCUGACUUGCAGGCGUUGCACCGGCAGACUCCUUGGUCAGCAGCAGAUCCAGACCUGUCCGCUGCUAUCACGGAUGCGGCGGCCCCGGCGCCUGAGCAGCCAGGUGAGGAGCAGCCGGACGACCAGGCAGCUACCCUGGAGGAGCCGGCAGGUGAGCCAGAGGCGGCAUCAGGUGCCUCAGGCGAUGACAGCAGUUCGGCCUCUGACAUCUCCGCCGAUGCGGAUGACCUAGUGGGCAUUUUGCCGGACCCUACGGCAGCAGCUGAAAUCAAGUGGUUUCGCCAGGGCACCAAGACGCACCUGCCGUAUGCCACGGGGGCUCUACCUGAGUCUGGCGGAGCACUGCGGCUGGUCCUCCUGAGUCCUGACCGAGUCGAUGUGCUGGCGGAUGACCGCGGCCUCCAAGGAUGCUUCAAGGUGGCUAACAUCCAGCAAGAAUGGGCGCAGGACUUUAUCACCAAGCACAAGUUGGUCACCCUGGACGACUAUAUCUACUCGGUUGCCCAUGAUACAUGGGAAAAGGGUGUGGAAACCUUGGUGUCCCAGGUUCCCACCCUCAGGGACAACAACAUGAUCGCGCUGGCGAGGUUUCGCAGCGCUUUUGACAUUGGCCGAGAGGCCUUGCGCCAGGCUGCAGCGCCAGCAACGAAGAGUGUCGAUUUGGACGAGCCUCUGCCAGAGGCGACCAUGAAGUCUCUCAACCAGGAUUGGGCUCGCCGGUACAAUUUGCAGCUGGAUCCGUCUUUGGAGCCCUGUGAGGCCCUCCGGUCCAGGCUGUACCGAGAGUUUCGGAAAGGCCAGCUCACGGUCAUUGAGGCUCGCAACUCGCAGUGUGAUCAGAUGCAUGCCUGCGAUGUGAAACUGCCCAACGGAAAGCCUUGCUUGAGUCGGGCCCACACCAGGAUAGCUGCUGCGCUGCCUGCCACGCCUGUUGGACGGGUGGUCUCACUCAGGGACCCCCUGGUGGACCCCCUCCAGCGACCAGUUGACGGAGCGAGUGCUGACCGACUCCGGGCGGCAAAGCCAGUGGCAUGGCGAGGUUUGGGGGAUCUGCCCCAGUUCACGUGGGCCAAGCCGCUUGUGGGCUCAUGGCUGGUGAUCGACCUUUGGGCUGGCUUCAGUGGGCUGUGUGUGGCCCUCCUUGCGAUGGGGGUGCGUUUUCACGCAGUGGCUGCGGAAAAUGACACUUUCCCUGCCCAGGUGGCGGAGCAGAUCAUGCCGCAGGUGGUAGCUGUUGACGCGGUGGAAACUGUGACAGGGGCCAUGUUCCGUCCGUUUCUGCAACAUCGGCAAGUCAGAGGCAUUAUUUUAGGCGGAGGGUCCCCCUGCCAGGGCAACUCUAUUUUGAACACUGGCCGAAAAGGUUUGGCUGAUACCCGAAGUCAACAACCUCAAGAGUUGGUACGCAUCCGCCAGGAGCUGCAAGACCUCCCAGAAUGUGCGACCCUGGAGAUCGUCACGUUUCUGGAAAACGUGGCCUCUAUGCCCCGCGAAGUCAUGGACCAGUAUACAGCAUGGAUGGGCUUCCCACCUAUCCUCAUUGAUGCGGGCGCUUGCGGAUGGGUGCAACGGCGUCGGCUGCUGUGGUUAGGCCAGGGUCGCUGCGGGGUGUCACCUCGUUGCACCCCCCCCGACGGCUGGGUAUGGGUCGAGUCUGGGACCGAUCCCCCCGAGCUGCGCUGGAAGGGACCCAAGCCAAUCCCGGCCAAGGUUCAUUUUGAUCAGAGUUUUGGCCCCCUUUUUGAUGCUGCCGAAGUAGUUAAGGCUGCGGGACAAGGUGCUAUGCAUCCGUUCACCAGGGAGUUUAGGCACCCCUGUGAUCCGGUCAAGCUGGUUCCGCCAGAGGCGGCUGCUAGAUUCUAUCAAGAUGAGAGGCGGUUCCCCCCGUCAGCCUAUACAGCAGAGAGUUUGCUUUGGCGCCGGGAUGAGUGGCGUCAGCCGGGGUCUGAGGAGCGCGCCCAGAUGAUGGGGUUUCCUGCGCAGUGCCUUCAGGCUGUCCAGGGACCAGCGGCGGUGCGUCGCCAACGCCAAAACAGUAUGCUUGGCAACGGCUUCCACCUACCGAUGAUUGUGGCACUUUUCUGCUUGCUGCCAGGUGUCUUGAGUAUGAAGGUACCGCGACCGUUGUUUGACCUCGCGGAGCGCAAGUUGCAGGAGCGUUUGGCGGGCACGGUAUGGGAACCAGGCCGCUUGCAGGUGUUCCCUGGUUUGCUUUCUAGCGACCAGGUGGUGCAAUCCAUGCAGCGGACAGUAUUCGGAUCCUUGCCAAUCUCUGCAAAUGUGUGGCAGUUGACCGCCACCCGGUUGGCUCCCUUGCCAGUGUGGCACCUGCAAGCCUUUACUGCGUGGGCAGUCGGCCGAGGCGCAUCAUGUGAUCAAUUAGGGCCCACCCCGCUGACAACUAGCCAUCGGACAGCUCUGUUUGCAGGAUUGACCGGGCAGCGCUACCCGGGCAAUUCUCGGAAGGGCCUGGACCAUUUGCUGCCGCCAGGCGUAGGCAAGGAGGAGCAUAUCAAACAGGCUGUGGGCCUGCCAUCGCCCUUUCGCCUUCGCGAGUGGCCUGAGCAAGAUGUGGAUUUCGUUCUACACGCCAUUGCAACAUGGCAGCAGGCGCUGAUCGGGUACUCUGAGCAAUGCCGCCAGGUAUUUCGACAGGUCUGCACAGCGCUGCUACCAUUGGAUGAUGAGUUGCGCAAAUUCAGGGUGCACAGUGCAGUGAAAGUGGCCGCUGGAAAAAGGCCCGCCGUUUUGGCGUUUUUGACUGUGAUCCUGCGAUGGCCCGACUUGCAGCAACCUUUGCAGAUGUUGCAGGGCUAUCCUAUUGUCGGGGCACUGGAGCCUAGUGGAGUCUUCCGAUCCAUUACUGCUCGUGAAGCCUUGCCAAAAGAGGAGUGGUUGGGGGAUGCAGCUGUGGCAGCUGUGGAGAGGAUUGAGAGCUCUCGCCCUCCGCGGUUUGCCGAGUGCAUCUAUGCUGCCACAGUUCUUGAGCAACAAAAGCAAUUUUGCUCGCCUUUCCUUACCAAGCGCUGCAUGGAUGAGCGUUUUGGCGUAGGACAGUGGCGACCGCUGCAACGUUUCUUGAUUGUGCAGCCGGAUGGAAAGGAAAGAGUCAUUGACAAUGCACGUAAGACUCUCCACAAUAGUUCAACGGCGAUGAUGGAAACGAUUUACACGGUGCACUUGGACUUCAUCCCGGCCGUUAUCAAGCAACUGGCGCACCGGCUUCAGGUGACUAGCCCAGGGGAUUGGAGUGUCUUCCACCCCUGGGCGCAUUUCCGCCUGGGUACGGAUGAUCUGCCGGAUGCAUAUCGUGGUCUGCCCGUGUGCCCAGAACAUUUGCCAUACUCUGCUGUGGCAGUCUGGGUACCCCAGCAGGGAUGGCGUUACACUAUCUUGUGGGGACUGGCCUUUGGACUCGAAAGUGCUGUAGUCUCAUUCAACCGACUGCCUCAGCUUGGCAUUGCCGCUACCAGAAGAUGCCUCUAUGGUCUUGCAGCAGCCUAUUUUGAUGAUGAGUUGGCCGUUGAAGUGGUGGCAGCAGCCGACAUUUCACAACAAGCCUUGCGGCUCUUGUUUACUAGUAUUGGCGCUCCGCCCCAGAAAGCCAAGGGAUUUGCUCCUUCACCAGAUCGCCACUACCUGGGAGCCGCGAUUCACUUGGGCUCCGUGAUGACAACGGGUUGUGUCCGUAUCCAGCCAAAAUUCGCGACGGUGGCCAAAGUUGCCGGUCGUCUCCGAGUGGCCAUUGCCAACCGUUGUCUUACCAAAGAGGAAGCUGGCAAGCUCCGGGGCGACAUCACUUGGAUGUUUUCUUUGGCGGCGGGUCACAUGGGCCGUAUCGCCCAACCUGUUCUGGCCAAGUGCAGCAGUGAUGGCCCGACGCCAAUGGAUGAUGAAGAUGUUGUUACCUUGCAGGUACUGCUACGCAUUGUCCUGGACUGUCAGCCUCGCGACGUCCAGGUGUGCGGUGUGGAUAAGGUGCCACCAGAGGUCAUAGAUAGCUGGGUGCCUUGUCGCCAGCAGAUUUAUCCAGGCGAGGCCAUUGUGGCCCUGGUCAUUCCGGCUCUCUUGCCUGACCUACUACGAGGCCAGGAUCUCCUGUGGUUCGUCGACAAUGAGAGCGCGACCAGCACUUUGAUCCGCUGUGUCUCAUCUCAGUGUGAUGUCCACGAGAUAGCGCAGUUCUCGCACUAUCUGCUGAACAGUUUGGACGCCCGGGCGUGGUUUGAAUGGAUUGACUCCGAGUCUAAUCUUAGUGAUGGGCUGAGCAGAUUAGGAUUAGCAGAUGAGUGGACACAAGCCCAGGGCUGGUCCCUCACCUCUUACACUUUUCCUCCUGGCCUCAGCCGCGGAGAAUUUCUUCAGUCCCUUCAGGUUGGACCCACUUUUUGGUUUUCCCCACCCUCCCUCCCGGAUCUCCUCUGCGGAGUGAAGGGAGAGGGUCUUCGACGGGACUUGUGUGAAAGUGUUGAUACCUUUUGGGCCUUGAUGCCAAUUUUGGCUCAAGGACCCACUUUUUGGUUUUCCCCACCCUCCCUCCCGGAUCUCCUCUGCGGAGUGAAGGGAGAGGGUCUUCGACGGGACUU